GUCGUGCGGGCGAUCUUGUUCAGGUCGCGUUACGGUUACAAUCCACCUCCCCCCUUGCCCCUGCCCAUGCUUCAGCCCCGUCGCUUCCUGCAAUCCUGCUGUCUUGCGUGCUGAGCUUGUUGACGGCGUAUAAUCGCAGUCACGCUGCUUUACCUGUUCUUAACCGAGGCUUCCGACUGGGGUUCAAGGUGUUCGUGAUAGGGCCUGCGACUUGUGGUGGUCUGGAGUCUGAACUACCGCUCCCUCAAUGUCCGGAGAUGCUCAACACUGCUCCUUUGUCCUCCUCGCCGACUUCGACAUUGACCGAGGAGCGCUGUUGACCUAUCAGUUCCCCCAGCCGCUGGGCACAGAUGAGGGUCUCCUCGCGAAUUUGAUGCUGCCAGACGGCGCGGAGAGGCAGCCAGAGGAUUGGACCAUCUUCUUCCUCAACCAGACGCACUUCAACACCAUCGCCCCCGUGCUCGCGCUCGAGCCUACGCGUAACGGUGUCCCGGAUGCGAACGGUGCGGACGUGGAGGAUGAGCAACCGGAGUUGUUGUACGUUCUGAAUCUUGUGCGGACGAAGCUGGACAAGACAGUGCGGAGAGGUGCGGUCGUGAAGGCGAUGGCAAUAUGCACGCGCCAUCCAUUUAUCCAGAUAUUCAAGCCCGUCCUGCUGAUGGCUCUGGACGACUAUUUCGCUAACCCUUCACAAGACUGUCUCGCGCGACUCUUCGACGCUGUGAAUAGCAUGGACAUAUCUAUGGCGCCUUCGCUCAGCCGGUACGAGAAGCUCAUCAUGCGCACGUCCGAGCGGAAGGAUGUCUUCCUCGAGAAGUUCGACGACUUCAUCCAGGAUGCCCUCGGCGAUCGCGAGCCUCCAACCGCACAACCAUACUCGCUCACCACCCGGCAAGGCCAAGGGCAUAAAGCAAGCGCCUCCACCGGAAGUCAGAACAGCUUCGAUGACGGACUGCAGGCGCGGCCGCGUGACGAGAAUGACAUACGGAGAGGAGACAAAAAGUACUCACCCACGGACGCGUCGUUCUCGUCAUUAGACGGAAGCGCCGUGUGGGUCGGCAACGAGAGCGGGCUGGACCAGGUGGUGGCUGGUGCGGCGGGUGGUCUGCAGAAUGGCGUAACGUACCGCGGCAGGGCGUCCACGGACGCGUCCUCCUCCUCGCACGGUCGCAGGGAAGAGCUGCCGACUGUCCAGAAUGCGGCGAGUGUUGCGAUGAGCCUGUUAAAAGACUCGCACUUUUUCCCGGCAACGGUUGAUUUCAAUGACCACCGCCUGCCAGUGAAGGUCCCCCUCUCAACGUUUCCGGAGGAGGUCGGAGACUACUCCCUCAUUCAACUGGUGCAGACCUUCUCUUCUACAUCUGCGUCACUCACUGGGCCAAUCCAUCCACACCUCCACACGUCUGGUGCUUCGACACCGCCUAUCAUGGUCCUCUUCAACGCGCUCAUCACAGCGAAGCGAAUCAUUUUCCUUGGACAUCAUCGACCUGCCGGGCAGGUGGCCUCCUACGUCCUUGCCGCGUGUGCUCUGGGAAGUGGCUGCGGCAUUGUCCUCCGCGGCUUCAUCAAGCGCGCCUUCCCGUACGCAAACCUGACGAGCAGGGAGGAAUGGGAGAGCAUUGAGGGCGGUUAUAUCGCUGGCGUAACGAACCCUAUCUUCGAGGCAUCUGGCAAUUGGGACCUCCUCUGUGAUGUCAGCACGGGCCGCAUGGUCGUGUCGCGCGACAUCCUCAUAAACUAUCCUGCUGCCCCUCCUACCACGCAGACCCAGCUGCUCAUGCGCACAGGCACUCUCCGUGGAGAAGGCGGUCCGGGUCUUGAUGAAGACGUCGUGAGGACAAGCAGGGAUGCGGGCGCUGCACCGCGCUCGGAAUUUGUGUCAGCUGGGAAAGCAGAUAGCAGCAGCCCAGACAACCUUUUUGUGGAAGACAUCCUCGCUGCUAUCACGGCUCACUAUGGCGAGGCGCAUGUCCGCGCUCGGUUCACCGAAUAUCUGAUGCGUUUCGUGCGACUUACGGCACGGUACGAAGAGGACAACAUGGGCUCAACAAUGAUUGGAUGGCCCUCGGCGGCCUACUCCGAGCGGCCCGAAGGGCGUAGGCUAGGUGCAGGAAUUGGCUUCCUUGACGAGGCGAGUUGUUCUCGGGAACUCGCACUGAAUACCGCCAGGAUCGAUGCGUGGCGGAGGACGGAGAGCUAUACCUUGUACCAGAUUGAUUUCCGGAACAUGCUCGCCACCGACCCAAUCCAAGGCGUUGACGUGAUUCACCAGCUCUGGCGGCUGCGACACGCCAAGAAAAUGUCUGACGGAGAAGCCGAGUUCAUUAUGCGCACCAUCGCUGCGAAUGUACAGACUUAUGACCAAGUCACUCAGUUGCUCGCAUAUAUGCCGCCACAUAUCAAUGGACUACUGCCGCUUUCGUUCGGGCUGUUUCACCAAUCUGAGACUGUCCGCGACCUUACGAUCGACAUCUUCAACGAGCUGCGCUCGUACCCGAUUGGUGUACAAUUCCUGCAAGCCCUCAAUCCGUUCCAACGAUACGCCUACGUGCGGCAGGCGCACGCACACGCACGGGAGGCGCGCACGCUCCGAGACCAGAACACACUCACGAUACCCACCACGUCGUACAUGACGCGGACGCCGUCAAAUCGGAGCGACACCAGUUUGGGGGCGCAAUGACCUGGCCGACAAACACAAUACUUGUAUGGACGGUGGGUUGUAACCACGUGCUGUUGUAUCUUUAUUCUGUUUUUGUUUGAAUUUACCCUGUUCCUUGUGUACAAGUCUCAAUCACUGUCUG